AUGGAUAGUAACAACCAACCCAUCAAACCCCCAAAGCCACAAUGGCGCAGCCUCACCCCCAGCAAUCUCCCAACACUCUCCCACAUAGCCGCAACAAUCCACCCCGACCUCGCUGAACGCGACGCCGUCUUCCUCGAACGCAUAACGUUGUUUCCAAAAGGGUGUCUUGGAUUAUUCGACGACUCAAAUACACUAUGGGGCUAUUUGGUUUCACAUCCCAUUCGGUACCAGGAGCCGCCGGAGCUGGAUUCCUUGCUUGGAGAAAUCACACAGGAUGUGGAUCAGUAUUAUAUUCAUGAUUUAGCUAUUUUACCUGAGGCUAGAGGGUCUCGUCUUGCGCAAGAGGGGGUGGAAAAGGUAUUGGGCACGGCGGCCCAGGCGUACAAAACAAGCGGUUUGGUGUCUGUGUAUGGGACGACAUCUUUUUGGAGGAAGUUCGGGUUUGAGAAGCCAGAUGUUGUUAGUGUAAAGUUGGGUGAGAAGUUGGUUGGUUAUGGGGAUGGUGCUGUGUAUCUUGAACGAAAGAAUGGGUGA